UACAGACUAUAUGGUAAUAUCUUAUCUAUUGUUCAAAACAAUUCGUACCAUAGAAUUUAGUUCUUGUUUCAUUACUGACAAAAGAAAACAGCAAUUCAACAUUCAAUUUUAGAUAAACAGACCUGAAAAUGGCAGAAAGUGAAGACAACGACAAUCCACUUAGGCGAAUUGUUUUGAAGUCGAAAGUUGUGCAGGCCACCCGAGAUUUCUCCAACUUGCCCCCCCAUAGCAAGCUGUCUUUGUUUGACUUAGUUCAGCCUGCAAUGCGAACCAACGUGACCUAUUUAUAUGACUAUAAUGUCUCUUAUGAUGACUUAGAAGCGGCUGUCGUAAUGGUGCUGAACCGAUACCCUGAAAUAUCCGGAUGUUUGAUUGACAGUGGAACAGUAGCUCUGAACAACCAAGGUGCUAAAAUUCAACAACUUACAGACGCUUUGCUUACAAUUGAGGAUCUAGAAAAGUGUCAGUUCGAUUAUGAAACUCUGUGCAACCACUUCAACCAAGAUGAGGCCGCUCCUGACGAGUUUCUGUUCAAGGUCACGGUUCAAAGGCUUGCAGAAGACAGCGGGAUGAUGUUGAAUUUUGGAUUCCACCAUCAAGUGACCGAUAUCAACUCAGCUUAUCUGGUCAUAAGUGAUUUUUGCAGCUGGGUUAGGGAAGCAAAAAUGACGUUUGCGGAACCUGAUAUAAUUCAGCUAAAAAGAACGGACUACUGCUUCCCUUCUGGCGAACCCCCUAAAUAUGAACACCCUGAAAUUACAAUCUACGAGUCCAAAGAAGAUUUGGACAUUCGUGUGAAAAGAACAUACGAAGACCUAGUCGGAUGCCCCACCCAAAAUGUCUAUGCCUUUUUAGACGCCGAAAGUUUGAAACAAAUGAAACUUGAAGUGUACGAAAGUGCCUCGGAGCAAGAGAAGACGAAAAGCGAAAAUGAUCGAACAUUUCCAUCUACAAAUGAUUGUUUACUGGCUGUUAUUCACAAAGCGUACUCCGAGGCCGCCCAUGAGAAUCCGUUGGACGAACUUGAACAACUGUUUCCAAUUCAUCUCAACGUUAACGUUCGGGCGCGAAGAACUCCAAAAGUUCCGACAACCUAUUUGGGCAACUUUAUAGUACCAAUAGCUGUCAACUUAACGAAAAGGGAAAUUAGUUCAACCUCGAAUUUCUCAAUUGCGUGUGAGAUUAGAAAGAGGAUUAACAUGUUAACUGAGGAUUACAUACAGUCCUUUAUCGAUAUGGUAGCUACAAACGAAGUCACCCAAUUCGCUUGUUUUUGCGACCCCACAACGAUGCGAAACACCAAUUGGAACUUGAGGGGUUUCGACUGGUACCAAAACGGUGACCUUGGGAGUGGGAAGCCUUUGAAGUUAUGCAGGUUGACCCAAGUGAUUGACCGUUUGUGUGUCAUGAUUCCAGCAUACAAAACUGGAGAUAUCGACUUGGUUAUGUCUCUUAAAGAGACACAAAUGAAACGCAUGUUGAAACACUUAAAUAUUAUUCGUUACAUUACAGGCCAAAAAUGAUUUAAAAAAUUAUGCAAAAAAAAACUUAA